GGCGCAAGCACGACUUCCAACACAACUUAGUGAGACUCACAAAUCAAAGAUGCUAUAUUUCGUCGUCCUCGUCUUCGGGAUCGUAGGAACUGUUGUGUCUGAGGUUACCCCGGAUAUUCCUGCAUUCUUGGAGAAAGGAAACUGUGCUAGAGUCAGCGUCUUUCCAAAAUUCGAUUUAAGAAAGUACGGUGGACGCUGGUACCAGACUGACAUCAUCGAGAUUCCCUACCAGCCUUAUACCAAAUGCAUCAAUUCCUUCUAUGAUUACUCGGAGCCCUUGUAUGGAUUCAACGUCAGGACGGCAGGACUGAGCCCUGAGGGCGAACACCUGAAGUUGGAAGGGAAAAUCUACCCAACUGAGAAAUUCCCCGCAAGUCACAUGUUGAUUGACUUCCCUACAGUCAUGGGUUAUCCAUAUGAAGUUAUCGACACCGACUACGACACCUACUCCUGCGCCUACUCCUGCGUCGACUGGAACGCAUACAAGACGGAGUUCGCCUUCGUCUUCUCUAGGUCUCCUGAGAACAAUGGACCCGCUACUGCCAAGUGCAAGUCGAUCUUUGCAAAGCACGGAGUCGAUUUCUCGAAAUUCGUCGCGGUUCCCCACACGGAUGAUUGUGUAUAUAAAGCUUAGAAUUCACGUUGUUAGAAGGAGCACCACAUAAGACAAUUCUUCUUUUGUAUUGUCGUUUAUUUUCAUAGUGCAAGAGUUCAAAUACCUUUGAUUUAUGAAUUGUUAAAAAUACAUUUUUCUUAAUACUUUU